CAGAGUGUGUUACAUCACUAGCCACAUACUUCAUCUACGACAAACCAAUAAACAUCACCUGCACAAUAACGUCACAUCCGCCUGUCAAAACCAUUCACUGGAUGUGGAAAAACAACGAUGACGUCACCAGCACUCCGCCAAUAAGCGAGCACACAGAGAUCACGUCAGCUCAGUUGAGAGUUCGUCCUUUCCCCGGGGGUGAGGACAGGACGCUGUCAUGUUGGGGCGUCAACGAGAUGGGUUCACAAGUGACACCAUGCAAGUUCUCCAUCAAAGAGGUCGCCGUGCCACAGUCGUCGUGUCGUGUUGCCAAUAUCAGCAGUACGUCACUUAGCCUGGCCUGUCAGACGCCCCAUAUGGUUCAUGACCCCUCCGUGCUUUACACCGCCGAGGUAUACUUCGCCAACCGCACGCUCUUCGCCAACGUGACGUCCAAUCAGCCUAACUUCAACGUGAGUCGUCUGGACGCAGGCACCAGCUACCAGAUCAAGGUGUAUGUGAGACACGGACCCAUCACCUCCCAGCCUGUACUGGUGUCUGCCUAUACCUCCAGGUCCUCCACCACACCACCAAAUGGGGGCAAUGACAUGGACGAAGGCGGAGUUGUGGGCGGGGUGGUGGGCGGCGUAGUGGUGACGGCCGUGGUGGUGGGCGGUGGGGUGUGGGCAAGACUGUACUGGGUCAAGAAGAUCACAGCCACCAAGAGUAACUCCCUCCGCCUCACCUCCCUGGACGACACCCACCCCAUGUUGACUGUUGAGGGACCAGUGUAUCAGGCAGUACCCGGAGAGUGUGAGGAGGACAGCGAGGACUACCAACCUCAGGCUUCACACCCCCAGGACGACAACACCUGCGGCAUAGCAACCGUCGAGGACAUCUUCAAGGUGGUGGUCAACCCUCGCCGUCAGAGGGCUGCCAUGAAAAAAAUAAAAGCAGUGGAGACGCCCGCAGACGAGAAGGAACAGGAGGCAGUGAAAAACGCGAACAACUACCUGGGAGAGUGGCUGCAGCUGUUCCCUAAGGAGUGCGAGGACACGCUGGCCAAGAAGCUGCAACACGUGUCUAAGAAAGACGACGAGUAUAUCGGUGAGUGGCUGCAGCACCUCCCUCAGGACGCCGAGGACUACCCCGGGGGUUGGGUCAUCAAUUCCUCCCGCAACGAAGACAACUUCUCCACCCCUAACCUUCAACUGUGUCCCAAGACAGUAGAAGAGCCUCCUGGUGGAUGGUUACGGAAGUCUAACAAAGAAGGCACCGUUUACACGGGCAAGAUGACAUCGGGAAUUACUACUAGCGUCAGUGAAUCUACCGGUAAUUGGGAAGACCACUCUCCCCAGGGUGCAGCAGGCAUCCUCGGGGGAACACUACCACGUCCUCAGAACCUAGCAGAAAGUUAUGAAGACUGGAGGCUCAAGUACACAUCCAACGAACCACAACACUUCCGAGGUAAUAUGUUACAAAAUCACCCCAGAGAACCAAAGAACUAUGGCGGUGAUGCACCACGACAGCUACCCGGGGGAACAGCACACCGCGGAGGCUGGACUUUACCGCGGCCCUCAACAUUAGGUGAUAACUACCCUCUCAGGACUCUACAGUCUACAUCCACAGUAACAGAAAACUACCCUGGUGCAGUACUGCGACGUUCCUCAAGAUUAACAGAUCACAGACGCCCGAGGUCUUUAGUUUUACCAAGUAGAGUUGAAAACCUUCCGCCGAGGAGACAGAGGAGGGAGUCGCAGAACACGGAGCUGAGGAGUGAGGACCUGCCCUGUUCCGUCCACCAGCUCAUGUUCGCUGAGGAGACCAUCCUCUGAUACCGCCUCAUCUAUAAGUUGUGAGGGUGAACCGUCCUCUGCCCGGGGUUGCCGAGGUUACUCACGUUGCCUUUAAUCUAAGCAUAUUUUUAAUAAACCACUUGACAUA